AACGUCAGCCAAGGAAUUAAGAAGCCCUAACAAAUCACUCGGCCACAGACCAUAAAAACAAAUAAAAAACAAAACAAAAGAGAGAACACCAGCAACAAUGUCAGAGUUUAUAGUAUAAAUCUCUUUAUUUCCUCAUCUUAGAUCUCCCCUGACAGGGGACAACAAUCUAAGAUCUUGUGCCAAAAGACUCCAAGCCUUCUCUUAUCCAUUGCUCCCUUUUGAUCACUCCGAUCCUGGACCAAACCCUGCCAACAUCAAAUCUUUAAGUGCUUUUACAGCUAAGUCUGCUUCUGAAAGAUGGCACACAUAGAAGAACCAAACACAUUCAACCCAGAUUCAAGGUACACGGAACCAGCACACCUCCAUAUUCUCUGAACUCACAUUAAGACUAUUGCUUUCUUGUCUCAAGAGACGUUGCUCAGUUGAUUUUGCCCAUACCGUUUUGGUCUUUAUCUGAAGUUUGUUUAUAUUAAUGGUGUCUUGGUUUCGUGGAUAUAUAGUUUUAGGAAUUGGGGUUGUGGGUUUUGAGUAUAAGCAGAAACUGGAGCUGCGGUUGGGUUUUGGACUUGCUCUUGAUCUGGGUUUGAGGAAUAUUUUGAUUGCUGGAUCGUUUGGAUGAUAAAUGUGAGACAUAUGCAUUUGUGUUAAUAAGUGGUUACUCGAGAAAAUGAUUAAACCCUGUUGGAAACCGUCCGUAGAGGGUGAUGUGAAUGGGAGGGUUGAUGGCUUGUUGUGGCGUAAGGAUUUGGGGCACCAUGCUCAUGGGGAGUUCUCAAUGGCUGUAAUUCAGGCAAAUAGCUUGUUGGAGGAUCAAAGCCAACUCGAGUCUGGCCCAUUGAGCUCAUCAGAAUCGGGUCCUCGGGGGACCUUUGUGGGAGUAUAUGACGGGCAUGGAGGAACCGAGGCUUCAUGUUUUGUCAACGACAAUCUUUUUGGAAACCUCAAGAGAUACGCGUCUGAGCAUCGGGGCAUAUCAGAAAAUGUUAUCAGAAAGGCUUUCAUGGCAACUGAAAAGGACUUUCUCUCGCUUGUGAAGAAACAGUGGCUUAGUAAGCCACAGAUUGCUUCUGAUGGAUCAUGUUGUUUGGUGGGAGUAAUAUAUAAUGGACUUCUGUAUGUUGCAAAUGCUGGGGAUUCCCGAGUUGUGUUAGGGCGGGUGGAAAGAGCCAAUAGGGAAGUCACAGCUAUUCAAUUAUCUGAUGAGCACAAUGCGAGUAUAAAAUCAGUAAGAGAGGAACUUCAGGUAAUGCAUCCCCAGGACUCGGAGAUUGUGGUGUUGAAGCAUAGAGUUUGGCGAGUGAAGGGCCUCAUACAGGUUUCAAGAUCCAUUGGUGAUGCAUACCUGAAGAGGGCAGAGUUCAACAGAGAGCCUCUACUGCCUAAAUUUAGACUGCCCGAACCCUUCCUUAAGCCAAUCCUUAGUUCAGAGCCAUCCAUUUCAGUACAUAAACUACGCCCUGAAGAUCAAUUUCUCAUAUUUGCCUCAGAUGGUCUAUGGGAGCAUCUUAGUAAUCAGGAGGCUGUCCAAAUUGUCGACAAUCACCCACGGAAUGGAGUUGCCAGGAGGCUUCUCAAAGCUGCACUUCGAGAAGCAGCCAAGAAAAGAGAAAUGAGGUACUCAGACCUGAAAAAGGUCGAUAGAGGGGUGCGGAGGCAUUUUCAUGACGAUAUCACAGUCGUGGUUGUGUUUAUAGAUCAACAUUCAAUCAAUAGGAGUUCCCUCCACACUUCUCCCAUUUCAGUUAGAGGAGGAGGGGUCCUGGCUCCUGCCAACACCUACCGCUUGCAUAGCACUUAACAGCAUGCCUUAUCACAAGGGUAAAAGAUUUGCUGGGAAUAUGAUUCUUAUCCCAAAGUGGAGUACUUGUGAGAUUUCUCAUGAGAUUUGCUAGAAGAUUAGGAGAGCUGUUGCAGAUGUAUGCAAAGACUUUGCACUUAUUCAUGCAGAUUAAGGGGUGAUGACAUACACCUUAGCCAUGUAGAUAUAUGUUUUCUGAUCAACUUUUCCUCUCUGAAGAUGUGUCAUUUAAAUGGAAUUUAUUUGUAACCUGUAAGUUUAUGAAUUACUGUGCUGUCUUUUUUCUUUUCUUUUUUUU